AUGAUUCUCAUCACCGGAGCUGCUUCGAAUUUUCCCACCGCCGGUCGAGUUUUCAACGCUAUGAAUCGCCGAAUGCGUGCUACUCUAUCGUCUGCCAAAUCCAUCUCCGCAGAAUCCUUAAAGCCUCCUUCCAGUUCCAAUUCAGAAGCAGCUAAUGGAGCUUCCGAGUCCGAGAGACGAGUAUCCCUAAGGAAGAAAAGGCUAAAGCAGGAAGAUUUGGAGCCUGUGGAGAAAGAUUCCAGCAGAGGAAUCAACGUCCGUAAAGAGAUGUGUGGAUUACCGGAUAUAGAAGAGUUUCCUUACAAGAAGACGAAUGGAUCUAGGACGUCAAAAGUAAGCCUAAAUAUACUAUCAACAGAAACUAGCACUGCCGCAUCAUCGAUCAGAACAACAGGCAGACCACCUGAAAACUGGGAAAAAGUGCUCGAGGGUAUACGGAAAAUGACAUCUUCAGAAAAAGCAGCAUCAGUUGACACUGUAGAAUGUGAUAGAACAGGAAGCUUUUUACCUCCCAAGGAAAGGCGAUUUUAUGUCCUCAUAGGAACACUUCUUUCAAGCCAGACUAAAGAUCAUGUAACUGGUGCGGCAGUAGAACGUCUUCAUCAAAAUGGCCUUCUCACUCCCGAAGCCAUUGACAAAGCCGAUGAAUCAACCAUAAAGGAAUUGAUCUACCCGGUCGGGUUCUAUACUAGAAAGGCUGCUAAUGUGAAGAAAGUUGCAAAAAUCUGUCUCAUGAAAUAUGGCGGUGACAUUCCAAGCUCCUUGGAAGAGCUACUCUCACUUCCAGGAGUUGGUCCUAAGAUUGCUCAUCUGGUUUUGCAUGUAGCAUGGAAUGAUGUUCAAGGGAUAUGCGUAGACACGCAUGUGCAUCGUAUUUGCAAUCGACUUGGCUGGGUUUCUAAACCAGGAACGAAACAGAAAACCUCUUCCCCUGAGGAAACUAGAGUAGCUCUGCAACAAUGGCUUCCAAAAGAAGAAUGGGUCGCUAUAAACUUUCUUUUGGUAGGUUUUGGACAAACGAUAUGCACAGCGCUAAGACCACGUUGUGGAACCUGUAGUAUCACUCAGCUUUGCCCUUCUGCCUUCAAGGAGACUCCAAGUCCAUCAACCAAAUCGAAGAAGUCUAUAAAAAACAAAAAACUUUAA